AUAAUUUUGCUUUACAUUUUGAAUACCUAAAGGCAUGUUCAAAAUCAAAGCAUUUUCAACCAAAUUUCUCGAUACCAAUCGUCUCCUCUUCCCCUUCCCCUUCCCCUUCCAGCCGUCUCUACUCCGCCGUAGCCUCGCAGUCAUGUCAACCGCCGCCGUUAAGCGUGUGGGUACCCACAACGGAAGCUUCCACUGCGACGAGGCCCUCGGCUGCUUCAUGAUCCGCCUCACCAAAAAGUUCUCCGAAGCUCACAUCGUCCGCUCCCGCGACCCCAAGGUUCUUGAAACUCUGGACGCAGUGCUGGAUGUGGGCGGGGUUUACGACCCCGCCAAAGACCGCUAUGAUCAUCACCAGAAGGGCUUUGAAGAGAUUUUUGGUCAUGGGUUUAAUACCAAGCUCAGUAGUGCUGGUCUUGUUUACAAGCAUUUUGGGAAAGAGAUCAUUGCUAAGGAGCUUCAAGUUGAUGAAGACCAUCCCGACGUUCAGCGGUUGUUUCUUGCAGUUUACAAGAACUUCAUGGAGGCGAUUGAUGCCGUUGAUAAUGGAAUCAAUCAGUACGAUACCGACCAGCCACCGAGAUAUGUGAACAAUACACAUUUGUCCUCACGAGUUGGGAAAUUAAAUCUAGACUGGACAGAUCCCGAUCAGUCGUCUGAGAAGGAAAAUGGAGCCUUUGAACAAGCAAUGGCUUUGGCUGGCCAUGAGUUCAUGGAUAAUGUUAGAUCUCUUGCUCGAUCAUGGCUACCAGCUCGGUCAAUUGUGAUGCAGUGCCUUGAGGCGAGGCUUGAUGUCGAUCCUAGUGGAGAAAUUAUGGUCUUGGAUCGAUUUUGUCCGUGGAAGCUUCACUUAUUUGAGCUUGAGGAGGAGAUGAAGAUUAAUCCUCCUAUUAAAUAUGUGCUUUAUCAGGAUGACCGAAGUAAAAGUUGGCGAGUCCAGGCAGUGGCAAUGUCACCCGAUAGGUUUGAGAGCCGCAAGGCACUUCCUGCUCAAUGGCGUGGACUGAGAGAUGACGAACUGUCUAGGGAGUCAGGGAUCCCUGGGGGAGUUUUUGUCCAUAUGAGCGGUUUCAUUGGCGGAAGUCAGACCUAUGAGGGUGCACUUGCGAUGGCGAAAGCAGCUUUGAAGCUCUAAUCGUGAGAAGCAGCAAAAUGUACUCCAGUUUUACUGUGUUAUCGCAUCGUUCGCCUUUAGGGCAAACUCGUCUUUAUUUCUUGAUGAUACAUUUCAUUUUUAAGAGGCCGGACAGUUAUAGAGGAAGAGAAGGCAUUUAAUCUUGAGAGACUGAUGGAUUAUUCUUGUGGUGUCAUAUUGCUGAACCUUUAUGGUCUAUAUUCUCCAAAAUUGUUAAGGAUGGGAUAAUUUCUAUUAAUGUUAAAAUUUUGUAUUUCGUAUUA